AUGGAGACACACGAGAUAGGCGAAACGGGCACAGGCACAGGGAUAGCCACGCUGCCGCGGUACAAGGCCACAUACAACGUGAGUGCGCUAGCGACCGAUUCUGCAGAGAAUCUGGAUUUGCAAAGCCCAGGGCCUGCAGACGAUGCGCAGGACUCCGUGAACGGGUUCGAGCCGCUCCAGGAAGCCCUGGCGACUUCUGACUUUUUCAAGCCCAAGAUGGCCCCCAAUAUCCCCAACACCAGUACGGCGUCAUUACCGUCGCAGGUGGGCGAGUACGAGGGACAAGCGUUGCAAUUGGACACUGAGGUGAAGGUGAUGUCGAUACAGAGCUCGCCGGUGCCGAAACUGCACCACAAACACGGGUCAAUUGGAGACAUGCUGAGCGAAAAGGAAGAUCUAGCAGACAAAGCUGCACGACAGUCGAUGACUACAGAGAAGUCGAACUACUCGCAGAUCAUAGAAGGGUACCAGGAGAGCGCGCACUCUAUAGCAAACCAGGAACCGGAAACCAUGGCGGAGCAGGAUCGGGGUUCGAAAUCUCGUGACGGCUUGAAUCUGGCUGCUCAACAGUCAAAUGGCUCUGCCAAUGUUACGAGCGUGCCAGACACACUGCCAAAAAAACACGUGCAGACCCCGAGCCGGUCUGCGUCGUCGUCGGUGUCGUCGUCGCGCAAGGCGAGCUCAAACGCCACCACGCCGUCGUCGGAGGUGAAGAAGACCAAGACCAAGACCAAGAAAAUGUUUGGCAACCUCACGAGCUUCGUGUCGAGUCUCACUCCCUCGGGCUCCCGCUCGGCAUCGCAGUCCAGAGUCAUCUCUGAGCCGUACGAUUACGUGCGUCACCAGCACGUCGAGUACGACCCAAACUCGCAAACAUACAUUGGGCUCCCCGAAGAAUGGAAACGGGCAUUGGCCGCACAGGGCGUCACUGUCGAGGACCAGAAAAAAAAUCCCCAGGCUGCCAACCAGGUGAUUAAUUUCUUCAACUCCAACUUCAACGAUGAGUCCAACAACAAAUUCAUGAAGGUCCAGGGCCACGACUCGGACCGCAGCAACGACAAUGACAGUCUGAGCGAAAGCGAAUACAAGACUCCGAAUAUCAGCUCUUCCACGCAAUUCGACACCACAGACUAUGCCACGCCUUCCAGCCCCGCAAGCUCUGGGUUCCAACAGACCCCGAUUGCUUUUCAAAAAGAGACGUUCCUUUCGCCGGACGCGGACAGCGAAUUCAUUCCUCGAAGACAUGCUCCUCCUCCGCCCUCUUCGACGCCCUCCAAGACGGCUACCACGCUGCCGAUGUCUGCCAAAAGCCCGUUGAGCUCGGUGUCGCGGAUCCCUUCGGGCUCUCAAAAGGCGGCCUCGUCGCCCUCGUCGCUCAUUGGCAGUAUAUCUCGUCGUUUCGGCUCGAAUCACUCGAAGUCUGGCACGCGCCCCCACAGACCCCAGAUCUUGCAUCUUGGCGAGUUUCUCCCAGUGCCGACGAGUCCAAAGCAAACGGCCAUUGGAGCACCACCGCAGAAGGAAGAUGCAACGGCCAGGCCAGAAGAGAAAGAGAUACUGCCCCCUGUGCCUCCACAUCUACCGCCUGUUCCACCCCAGGUUCCUACAAAGGAGGUGCAGCUGCCACAGAAACCAGAUGACUCUGAGAAGCCCCAGAUGCCGCCAAUUCCAAAAGGAAAGCCAAAGAGUGCCAAAAUACCGCUGACGGAGGACGAGCAGGAGCGCAGACGUGAGCUCCGCAGAGCCAAAGAGAGAAAGUAUCUGCAGCGUCUGCUGGAGAUAUGUUCUUCCGACGAUCCUAGCGAAAGAUACCACAACCUUGUCAAAAUAGGACAGGGUGCUUCUGGAGGAGUCUACACGGCCACCGAGGUCGAGAGCAAUACCUGUGUUGCCAUUAAGCAGAUGGAAUUGGAGAGGCAACCGAAGAAGGAGCUAAUUAUCAACGAGAUUCUGGUGAUGAAAGGGUCCAAGCAUAAAAACAUCGUGAAUUUUAUUGAAGCGUACCUGAUGAAAAAAGACCUCUGGGUUGUGAUGGAGUAUAUGGAAGGAGGCUCCCUGACCGACAUUGUGACCCACAGCGUGAUGACAGAGCGUCAAAUGGGUGCUGUUUGCAGGGAGACGUUGCAGGGUCUCAAGUUUCUGCACUCAAAGGGCAUCAUACACAGAGACAUCAAAUCUGACAACAUUCUUCUCUCUUUGCAGGGAGACAUCAAACUCACCGACUUUGGCUUCUGUGCCCAAAUCAAAGAUUACUCCGCGAAAAGAAACACCAUGGUGGGUACUCCGUACUGGAUGGCUCCCGAGGUGGUCACCAAGACCGAGUACGGCCCUAAGGUUGAUGUUUGGUCCUUGGGCAUUAUGACCAUCGAGAUGAUCGAAGGGGAGCCUCCGUACUUAAACGAGACUCCUUUGCGGGCCCUCUACCUCAUUACCACAAACGGAAAACCUACAUUGAACGAUCCGGACUCGCUCUCCGAGGAGCUACAAGACUUUCUGAACCACUGUCUGGAGGUGAAUCCAGAUAAACGUCUCGACUCUGCACAGCUCUUGGAACUGCCGUUCAUCAAAAAUGCCGACGACAACAGCUCUCUGGCGCCGCUGGUCAAGUUGGCCAGAAUGCAAAAAAUCGCUGAGCUUCCUGAAAGCGAAGACCACUCAUAG